UUGUUUAUAGGCAAUAUGUUACACAGGAGCUGGCUGUUGUGGCUAACAAUCUUGCUAACAUUGUGGAUUUCAUUAGAGGCUCAAGAUGGUGAAAGACAGGAUGAGACCGCUUUUGACUUACUGCAAAUCAGCAACAUAAACAGGAAGACAAUUGGAGCAAAAGUAUUUCGGGGUAACAUUUCCAAUGUCCCAGCUUACCGCUUCAUCCGCUUUGACCACAUACCUCCGUUUAACCCAGAGAAAUUAACACAGAUUUUUAAGUUGCUCCAGAAAAAUGAGGGCUUCAUUCUUACAGCCACCCUGAGGCAGGAUAGACAGUCAAGGGGCUCCAUUAUUGCACUGGAAAGCCCUGGCUUCUCUCAGCGGCAGUUUGAGAUUAUUUCCAAUGGCCGGGACAAUACACUUGAACUUUCCUAUUGGGUUGAUGGCUUCCGGAAAGGGUAUUUUUUGGAAGAUGUGGACCUAGCUGACUCACAGUGGAAGAACAUCACAGUGCAAGUCACAGGAGAAAUCUACAGUCUCUAUGUUGGUUGUGACCUCAUUGACAGCCUCAUCCUAGAGGAGCCUUUCUAUGAGUACCUGACAGAUGAGAACAGUAGAAUGUAUGUGGCCAAAGGAUCCAGCAGGGAGAACCAUUUCCGGGGUCUCUUGCAGAAUGUUUUCCUGACUUUUGGAACUUCAGUCGAGGAAGUCUUACGCAACAAAGGAUGCCAGAUGAGUCAAGCAGCUGAGGUCAACACCAUCAAUGAGAGCACAGAAAUCCUUCACCUUAACCCUUCAGUCAUGACUGCAUAUGUUGGCGAAAACAUUGAAAAGAAAGCCGAAUUUUGUGACCGCUCUUGUGAAGAGCUUGGGUCUAUGUUUACCGAGCUCACCGGACUGCGUAUUGUUGUCAAUGGCUUGAGUGAAAAUCUGCAAAAAGUGUCUAAAGAGAACGAAAUAAUGUGGGAAUUGCUUGGCCCCAACAAAACUCUCAAGAACCAUUCAGCUUGUUGGCAAGAUGGCCGUGAAUUCGCAAAUAAUGCACACUGGGUUGUGGACAGCUGCACAGAGUGUAACUGCCAGGAUUCCAAAACAGUUUGCCAUAAAAUUACAUGCCCACCUGUGCACUGUGUCAGUCCUUCAUUCAUUGAUGGCGAGUGCUGUCCUAUCUGCUCUCACUCUGAGGACAGCGAAGAGGGCUGGUCUCCAUGGUCUGAGUGGACAGAAUGCUCCACCACAUGUGGAUCUGGAACCCAGCAGCGAGGAAGGUCAUGUGAUGCCACCAGCAAUACCUGCCGAGGCCCAUCCAUUCAAACCAGAACUUGUUUCCUUGGCAAAUGUGAUAACCGCAUACGGCAAAAUGGUGGCUGGAGCCAUUGGUCCCCUUGGUCUUCCUGUUCUGUAACCUGUGGAGUAGGCAACAUAACUCGCAUUCGGCUCUGCAACUCUCCCAUACCCCAGAUGGGUGGGAAAAACUGCAAAGGAAGUGGCCGCGAAACUAAAGAAUGUGAAGGAGUGCCAUGUCCCAUCAAUGGUCGAUGGAGCCCUUGGUCUCCAUGGUCUGCUUGCACAGUUACCUGUGGAGGUGGAAUUCGUGAGAGGUCUCAUCUCUGUAACAGCCCUGAGCCUCAGUAUGGUGGAAAGACUUGUGCUGGAGAUGUUAUACAGCAUGAGAUGUGCAAUAAACAGGAUUGUCCAAUAGAUGGAUGUUUGUCAAAUCCUUGCUUUCCUGGAGCAGAAUGCAAUAGCUACCCAGAUGGUUCAUGGUCCUGUGGUGCAUGUCCGACUGGUUACCUUGGAAACGGAACUUUCUGUGAGGACCUUGAUGAGUGUGCUGUAGUGCCAGACGUUUGCUUUAAGUUAAAUCAGAACCAGCGCUGUGUAAACACAAAUCCAGGAUUCCAUUGCUUGCCAUGCCCUCCACGCUACAAAGGAACGCAGCCUUAUGGGGUGGGCCUAGAGGCUGCCAAGGCAGAAAAGCAAGUAUGUGAACCUGUAAACCCUUGCAAAGACAAGACACAUCAUUGCCAUAAGUCAGCAGAGUGCAUCUAUUUGGGGCAUUUCAGUGACCCCAUGUACAAGUGUGAAUGUAGGACAGGCUAUGCUGGUGAUGGAUUCAUCUGUGGUGAAGAUUCUGACCUGGAUGGAUGGCCCAAUAAUAACUUGGUCUGUGCUGCCAAUGCUACUUAUCACUGCAUAAAGGAUAACUGCCCUCUCCUGCCUAAUUCUGGGCAAGAAGACUUUGAUAAAGAUGGAAAAGGCGAUGCCUGUGAUGAGGAUGAUGAUAAUGAUGGGGUAGAAGAUGAUAAAGACAAUUGCCCUCUUCUUUUCAAUCCCCGUCAACCUGAUUAUGACAAGGAUGAAGUUGGUGACCGUUGUGAUAACUGCCCCUAUGUGCAUAAUCCCGCUCAGAUUGAUACUGACAACAAUGGAGAGGGUGAUGCAUGCGCAGUGGAUAUUGAUGGAGAUGAUGUUUUCAAUGAACGCGAUAACUGCCCAUAUGUCUACAACACAGACCAGAGAGAUACAGAUGGGGAUGGAGUUGGUGAUCACUGUGAUAAUUGCCCACUGGUGCACAAUCCUGAUCAGACUGAUGUGGAUAAUGACCUGGUUGGUGACCAGUGUGACAACAAUGAGGACAUAGAUGAAGAUGGUCACCAGAAUAACAAAGACAAUUGCCCUUACAUUUCCAAUUCCAAUCAGGCUGAUCAUGACAAGGAUGGUAAAGGAGAUGCUUGUGAUUCAGAUGAUGACAAUGAUGGUAUCCCAGAUGACAGGGACAAUUGCCGCCUCACAUUCAAUCCUGAUCAGAAGGAUUCUGAUGGUGAUGGCAGAGGUGAUAUCUGCAAAGAUGACUUUGACAAUGAUAACGUUCCAGAUAUUUUUGAUGUGUGUCCUGAAAAUGAUGCCAUUAGUGAAACUGAUUUCAGAAAGUUCCAGAUGGUCCCACUUGAUCCUAAAGGAACAGCUCAGAUUGACCCAAAUUGGGUUAUUCGUCAUCAAGGCAAAGAACUGGUACAGACUGCCAAUUCAGAUCCUGGCAUAGCUGUAGGCUAUGAUGAGUUCAGUUCUGUUGACUUCAGUGGUACAUUCUACGUUAACACAGACCGGGAUGAUGAUUAUGCUGGGUUUGUCUUUGGCUAUCAGUCCAGCAGUCGCUUCUAUGUCCUAAUGUGGAAACAAGUUACUCAGACCUAUUGGGAGGACAAACCCACCAGAGCUUAUGGUUACUCAGGGGUAUCACUUAAAGUAGUGAACUCUACAACUGGCACUGGUGAACAUUUGAGAAAUGCCCUUUGGCAUACAGGAAAUACUCCUGGACAGGUGCGAACCUUGUGGCACGAUCCCAAGAACAUCGGCUGGAAAGAUUACACUGCCUACAGGUGGCAUUUGAUCCACAGGCCUAAAACAGGAUUAAUAAAGGUUUUAGUAUAUGAAGGGAAGCAGGUCAUGGCAGAUUCUGGACCAAUCUAUGACAAGACCUAUGCUGGAGGGCGGUUAGGUCUUUUUGUCUUCUCACAAGAGAUGGUAUACUUCUCUGACCUCAAGUAUGAAUGCAGAGAUAUGUGAGUUAAAGCUGCUACAUAACUAGCAAAGUACUGUAGAUGCCAUUCAAACUAGACACCUCUGUACAUCCUGGUACUCCAGAUUCCUCACUCUAUUUUCAACUCCCCCUCUGGCAUGUUCCCUGAUCUUGUACCUCCCUGCUGUCAGAAGGGACUCCUCCAGUUCUACACCCAAGUGCCUUCUAUGAGCUUGGCUUGACAGGGCCCAAAUGUGAGCAUCAAAACUACCAGAAGCAAAAGCAGAUUGAUGUGUAGAGUGAACACUUGGCUGACACAUUUUCCCCUUUGUUUGUUUUAAAAUGACGUUUACAUAUAAUGUGUAAAAGUGUAAUUACUUAAUGUAUUUAUAUAGAUAGAUGUAGAUAUGAUAUAAAGUGCUGGGGGGUGGGAAUCUUACAUCGUGAAGCAAAAACAUGGUUGGAAAUAAGACCACUUCUUAAGCCCACAUUACGUGCACAGAUCAGGGUGGGGUAACACAAAAUCUGAAAUAUCAACUUCAGCAAAUUUAAGAGGGACCAAUUGCUAAAUAUCUACCCUACUCAUUAAGAAGCCAUGGGAACCAAGGCAGAGGCUAAAUUGAUGAUUAAAUACCUCAAAAUGCUAAUGGAUUUCUAACGUAUUUUCAGAUGUGCCAUAUGCUUGAAAUUCUAAAUUUAAAACAAUAUCUUUCUUGUAAUAAUAAAUACUGGGAUUUUAGCAGACUUCAUUACAAAUUGAACCACCGCUUAACAUCUUGUGUGACAACACAGAAGAAAUAUUCAGAUUUUAUAUUCGUUUCCAUUCUACUGGAGUAAAUUCGGAAUUAUUUUCAUUAAGGGAUACAUGUAAGAAUGUUAUUUUGGAACUGUUCAUCCAAUGCAUGCAAAUAUCACUGAAUCUAAUCCAGUUUAGGAUUGCCCCAUGAACAGGAGUUGAUGGAAGUUCUAUGUCGUACUUGCAGCUCAAGUACUUUUGUGUGGGGAAAAAGCCAUGUCAAUUACUCCAAUUUGUUUUUCCCAAUAAUUCCUCCACAAGGAAUUAUUCCAAAAGCACUCCUGAGGAAACCAGCAUUGCAUGAAGUCCAGCCAGAGUAUUCAGUCCCAAUACACUCUUCCACUUUACGUUUAUUAAUAGGACUCCUGUUGGGUAAAUGAAAAAUAGUUUGUAAAUGUCCAUAACAGCCUUCACCUUUGCGGAUGCCCCUUUUAUAUAAAGGAUUCCACUUGUCCAAUGGCUGCUUUCAAUUUGCAUUCCCUCUUGUGUCUCAUAUACACAACUAGUGCUUGGCCACUGUGUUUAGACAGUUCCUCUUCAUCAUUACAUGGGUGUUCAGUGGGAAAUGCAUGGUGGACAAGCCUCAAACUCAUUGGUUGCAUACAAUAUGUAUGGGAAUCUGUAUUGACUUCAAGAAGAUAUGGGAAUCCAUUGGUAUGGGAAUCUGUAUUGACUUUAGGAAGAUACUCAGUGGUGAGAAUUCCAUUUACAAUGCCAAUCAAAGCAUUUCCAUGACUUAACAGCCAUUUCUGAAGAGCUGUCUGGUUGUGUGUGAGGCUUUCAUUAAAAUAGUUACUGAUUGUGUGAAUUAUUUUCUCAACACUGCUGCAGCAAGCACUUUGACACCCAAACCUUGAUCUGGGUUUUUGAUCAGGUGGCAGUUCUAUCGCUAACAAAGUCUAGUAACAUGCUAUGGUUCCCAUUAUAAGGAUAUUGAUGCUAUUUAUUAUUAUGUGCAGCUACAUUUUCCAGUAAUUUAUUUGAAAGCAGGCCAUAGAGAGUACAAUAUUAGCAAUGGGACUCCUCAGAGGACGUAGCUACAGAAUGUUGUUAAUGAUACAACCUGAAGAUAUGAAUACUCUUGGCUAUUUGUGUGAUUAAGAGUAAUUUUAAAUGCCCAGAAUUGUCAAAUAAUUAAGUAACCAUUGAACCCUUCCUUAUAAGUGGAAGCUUAAUAUAUACUGUUGCCCACAAUUUUUGUCUGACGUAGGACUUUUAAAGCAAAUUGUGCUGAAGGUAUUUCAGCUUUUAUUCUAACCAGAUACAACAGUUAUUCGGUUAUACAGUAAUAUGCAAAUAUUUAACACUUUUUUGUUUUUAAGUUGAAUGAGCAUUGCCCAUGAGGUAUACAUGUUGGUGUCAUUUUAUUCAUGGAUGAGGUUUACUAAGACAAGAAUAAAGUCAUCUUAAUCCUGACUGAGUCCUGUGUACAACUCUGCUACACACAUGGGCCUUGAUCCAUCAGGGAUCAAGGGCUGUGCAUGUGCAGCUGAAUAAAAGAAGCUAUCUCACUGCCUAGAGAUACACAUAUCAGGUUUUAUAUAAAUAUGAUAGAUAAAUAAAUAAAAUCCUGCCAAUCAACCGCUUGACAAGCAAGGUUGGGACAGAAUGCUCCCCCCUCCCAAAGAACUGCUAGGUGGGAAGUCCGCUUCCCCCCCCCCCCGCCCUCUUUUUUAAUUACUUUAUGUUUGCACAGCCCUGGCUGCUCAGUUGGGUUGGGAAAUUGCUUGCAAGAUUCCCAGUCCAGCCAGGUAUACACACUUAGAAGCUCUUAACAGGACUGAAGGAAUUUAUGCACGUAUGAGUGGCCCCAUCCAAGGUAACAGACAGAUGGUCUUUAGGCUUGCAAAGAGAUGCAUACCCAGAUCUGUCCUUGUCCUUCCACCAAAGCAAAUAAGGCUCUGUGUGUGCAUCCAAGCUGCUGUACCUACAGUCAGCCACUGGAUCGGGGUGACAAUGUCUUGCCUUUUUUUUGAGGAUAUAGUGAGCCAAAUGUCAGUUCAGCUGUUUUCAAAAACAACUUUUAAAUAGAUCUUGCUGUUAUAUACCUUUAUAAAGAAUCCACAAUUUCUGGCUUUGUUGCACAAUACUUAGUUUUGUCAUAGAAAAAAAUUCUUAAAAGUCCACUUUAUGAGGUUUGUUUUAUAUUUCUUGGGGUAUCUUUACAAUUCAUAUGUUUUAGUGUUUUAGCCCCAAGUCCCAGAGGGAUGUAGUGAGGGAAAUGUUAUUCAUGUCAUAGUGUUUGUUUAUCCUUCAGCUAAUAAAAAAAAAAAAGACAUCAGUGCUGGGACUAAGAUGUUAAUAUUUAGAUUGUACCAUAUUUGCCUAUACUGUGUAAAUUAUUUAAGAUUGUUUCCUUUUUCUUUGUGUGACCGUGUGUGUAUGAGAGACAGCACGUGAGAGAGAAUGCAAGAGACCCACAAGACUUACAGUUUGAUUUGCCAAAGAUUGUAAAUAGCUAUUUAUUUGUUUGCACGAACAGAAUUUCACCAUUUAAUGUCUCUCAUUUAUUCAAAUUAUCUUUUAAAAAAACAUUUAACAAUACACAAUAAACUGUAAAAGGUUUUG